AUGCCGAAUGGUGUCCCUUUGAGACUUCAGAAUGCUGGGGUCAGAUCUAGGGAUUCUGGUGAUACUGUUGAGCAAGCAGCUGCGACUCAAGUGGAUGCUUCGCAAACCGGACCGGGCGCGACGACUACACGCGGUGCGGGUGAGGUUGGUUUAGAUGGUAGACAACAGGACCUGCCACGAGCUUCACAGCAGCCCCAGCAUCCACCGCAGCAGCAGCAAACUGAAGCAACAGCACAUCAACCGCAGCUGAUACCGAAUGCCAGCGUUUCCCCUCCACAAGUGGUUUCCCAACCACAACAAGUGACGCAAGAUCAAUCGACGGCAACUUUGCCACCGCCUCCGGGGCUCUUUCAUGAGGCAGUUCAACAGCGAGCUCAUGAGUCAGUGGUGCGAAGGGAGCUCUUCCAUGUGCAACAUGCCGAGCCUGCCUAUGACGAGGGUGGCUCUGAGGUGGACGUGGAGAUGCGGGGAACUACCAGACCGGCAUGGUUCACGAGAAUGAGCGAGGUGAUUCAACGUCGUGUCGUGGGCCCAGUUCUUGAGCAAGUGCAGACAGCUGGAAGAUCACGGGGAUUGCAGUCUCCAGAGUGCUCACCAAACACGGUGUGGCACUCCCAACCGUCGCAGCCAGGGACCCCGGUGCCACUGAUGCGCCCUGAAGUGAGACAAGCUAUGACCUCUUGGACGGCGAGGCCCUCUUUGUUGACAGCAGCUCCCAGGAGACCAGCGGAGGAAUCGUCCAAUGGUUCGAUUUCGCAAGAAGUUGUCAUGGAGGAGGUUAGGAAACAGGUCAAGGCGGCUUUGGACGAGCGAGAGUCAGAGAUGAAGCGACUACAUGAAGAAAACCAGGAGCUGCGACAAGUGGUGAUGGCACUCACAGAUAGGGAGUUCGGGAGUGGAAACGCUCUGUCGAGGCAAGUCGUUUUCCCCCUGGACUUUCUGCACAAUCUUCAGUACCUGGUGGCAAUCCUCGUGGUCAGGGGCCUAAUGGAGCGCAGCCAGCAGCCGGAGUGGCCGGGGGAAGCAAUCGCCGUGAAGGCCAACUUGUACUUCCCACUGGACUUUCGGCACAAUCUUCAGUACCUGGUGGCAAUCUUGUCGGAUGUGAGGCAGGAAAUGGCCAUACGGGUUUCAGUGAACAAGGUCAAGCAGGCAGGGAGGGUAUCAGCCGAACAAGCCAACCCUUGCUUCCCGCUGGACUUUCGGCACAAUCUUCAGUACCUGGUGGCAAUCCCCAAGGGACAGACAACAAGCGUGUUGGUCAUGAAUCCUGGACGGGACUACAAGGUGCGAGCGGUCAUGGUGAAGGACAAUGCCAUGGUAGAUCACUUGCACCUGCUGGUGCAGGGUAUGAGGCAGUUGCAGCAGCUGCAGAUGAACAAAAAGGACCAUUCCGAGGCUGAGGCGGUAAAGGGCAGCGUGGAGUUGACAAAGAUGCCUGAGCCUGGGGAUGCAGCGGUGGAGUUUAAUGACUGGAUGUACGUCACGGAGCAGAUGCUGGGUGUGCACAAGAGGCCUACUCGGUACCAGAACGCCUCGGCUUUGGAGCGACUCAGCAUUGCGCCGAUUCUCACUGAGCCCCUCAAGGACCCCAAGUGGUUUCGUCUGGAGAGAAGUGUUCUUUCGCUGCUCUUGAGUGCGAUGCCGAAGGCUGUGAAGGAGGACACUAUCACCCAUCGCAUUGAGACAGUUGCGGGGGUUCUUUAUCGACUUCACGUGAUCUACCAGCCCGGAGGCACUUUGGAACGAACGGCCAUCUUGAAGCACUUGGAAGGAGCAGUGGGAUCAGAGGAUCCUGGAGAAGCCGUGGCCCAGCUGCGGAGAUGGCGUCGUCACUUAGUGAGGGCGGAGGAGAUGUCCAUAGCGUCGCCGGAUGCCAGUUUGCAGUUGCGGGGGAUAGAGAUGAUCACUUCCAAGGUCCUGGAGAAGCUCCCGGAUGUAAAGUUUCGGUUGGCCCUUAAGAAGAAUGAGCUGCGCCUUGCUUCGUCCCCUACAGCAGAAACAGUGUUGAAGUACUACCAGCACCUCCUGGCGGAGCUGCAGCAGGCAACACCUACCACCAGACCCGAACAUGUCAGGCUAAAGGGAGCGACAGCCACCACUACCACAACCGGGCCUGGCACGGGAGGCUCUGGAACCCCCGGUGGAUCGCCCAAGAGGGGAAAGAAUCCAUGCAAGUUCUUCCAGUCAGAAGGCGGUUGUAAGAGAGGCGUGAGUUGCACAUAUGCUCACGAGUUCGCCAACAAAGCAGAUCGCAAGCAACGGUGUUGGUCCUGUGGAGCCACGGGGCACCGUCAGCAGGAGUGUCCGACCAAUGGUGGCGGAGGCGGAAAGGGCAGUGGAAAGGCUGCUGGAGCGGGAACAACCUCAUCUACGACCAUGGCUUCCAAUCCCACCGCGAGUGUGGCGCAAGUGCAACCAGUGCCAAGUGAUGCGGCCAAUUCCACGUCGCAUUCUGAGGCGCUUCCAUCUUCGGCUUCGGCUUCAGCUAGUGCGGAGGACGCAACAGCCCAACGGGAGGAGAUGAAGAAGCUACUACGGGAGGCGAGCUCCAUGCUGAGCAAGAUUCAACUGAUGACCUUGCGAAUGGAGGACACCAACAAGGCCACGGAGGACUUGGAGCUUUUGCUAAGGUCAGCUGGAAUGGAUCAACAUGGCUUGGCUCUCCUAGAUUCGGGUGCCUCUCAUCCCUUUCGCAGUCCUACGGAUGACAAGGAGCUCGAGAAGGCGAACAAUGUUGGCGUGGAGCUAGCAGAUGGACAACUGGUGGAGCUAAAACAGACAAGCACUGGCACCUUGCUCAAGGCGGGCGGUGAAGGAGCUCGGGCACCUAUCGUGCCCUUGGGGGCAUUGGUGCAGCAGUUGGGUUGCUCCAUAAACUGGUCGAAGCGCCAAGGCCUACGAGUGAUUCAUCCGGAACACGGAGACCUUAAGGUGAAGAUGAAAGGAAGCUGUCCCUACAUCUCCGAGCUCGAAGCGCUGAAGCUCAUCGCUGAGAUUGAGGAUAAGAAUUUGGAGCGAUUGCAGCAGACCACAAUGAGAAGCCUGUGGACUUCCUCUGCUUCGUCAGCCCAGCUCUCCUGGAGUGCCUAUUUGGAGGCCUUUGCAGCCACGGGAACAAGAAGCAAUGCCCUGGCAGCCAUGAUGAGCGCGGACUUCCCAAUCAGUCUGGAAACGGUAUCUGAGCGGUUCAACUUUGCGGGCUCUGAGGACAUCGACCUGAGUGACAACGCAGGGUUUGGGUACCUGAAGUCGCUACCAGUAAACAGGAAGGCCAGGAGAAGACUGCAGGGAUCCAGAUGGAUUGUUCACCUUUAUGAUGGAAAGAACGAGAAUACCUCCCACGAGCUGAAGAAGUUUGAGACCGAAGACAUUGUGGUUCUGGAGAUUGACGUGCAACGGUCCAAGAUGUACAACAUGAAGGGCUGGAACAACGUGCUUCGGGCCCUCCUAUGGGCAGGCUGUCGUGGGCAGAUAGAGGGCAUCCUUGGAGGACCUCCACGUAAUGGUGGUGAUGAGCUACGGCAGAAGCUGAUGUAUGCCUGGAUGGUGGCUGAAAAGGGAGCAGAGGUCAACAGCCUCAAGAAGCCUUUCCUUUUCAUGGAGUACCCGGGUGAGAUGCCGUGGUGGAAGUCCAAUGAGUGGAGGAACUUCCGGGAUGAGUACCAGCUGUCACAUGUGUGUUUGGGUGCCGGCCAGACUCAGGUGUUCCACGCCGCUACAAACAUGAACUUUGUCAACCACAUGAAAGAGCCGGGGGUUGAGAAAGGAGUGUCCACCACAUGGACUACAGGUUUGCUACGGGCCGUGCGCGACGGUGUGAUGGGGUGGAAUAGGUGGCCUGAUCAAGUACGGCAAGCUCAACUACUAUGCAAAAUGGAAGGUCGCCUAGAGGACAUGUCCGAGAAAGAGCUCAAGCAGUGGGCGAAGCACGUCAGGGAUGGCCACGUGCCAUUCAACAAAAGGUGCAGGACCUGCGUCGUGAAUGCUGGCUUGGGGCGACCCCAUAGAAAGGUCCUGGUUCCUUCGGCUCAUGUCUUGAGUGUUGACGUGGCGGGUCCGUUCAGGACCAGAGGAAUCGAUGCUGAUGGCAAGUACCGCUACGCACUUGUGGGUUCAUACUGCAUGCCGAGGCUUGAAGGAUACAAAGAUGUGGACAUCCCCCUAGAGUUGCCGAAGGCCGAUGGGAAGAGUGAUCCAGAUCCACCACAACCGAAGGCCGAUGGGAGGAGUGAUCCAGAUCUACCACAACGGAAGAGUGAUCCAGAUCCACCACAACCGAAGGCCGAUGGGAGGAGUGAUCCAGAUCUACCACAACCGGACGCCGAUGGGAGGAGUGACCCAGAUCUACCACAACCGGACGCCGAUGGGAAGAGUGAUCCAGAUCCACCACAACCGGACGCCGAUGGGAGACGUGAUCCAGACAGUUUGCGACCAGAUGCAGAUGAUGGUGGUGGGGUGGGUCCGAUGUUUGAGGAGGAGGACGAGUUUCUCCAGGAAGAGGAAGUUGAGGACCAGCCAUUCUCUCCUGAUGACCAAGUUGACCUGGAGCAGAAGAACGAGGACUAUAAGAAGUUCUACAGCGAGGUUGUCAAGGAGGUUGGCGAGCCCUUGGAGUUUCAGACGUUGCUGUACGUGAUACCCCUCAAGUCCAGACAGAAGGUCGAUGUCAACGCGGCCAUGAGGCGAAUGUACUUGCAACUACGUCAAGAAGGACAUCCAGUUACCCGAGUGCACUCGGAUAGAGCGCGCGAACUCAAGUCGUCGACAUUGAGACAAUGGCUGUAUGAGAAAGAUAUUUGGGUUACCGCUGGAGAAUCCCAAACACCUCAACAAAAUGGCCGUGCCGAAGCUGCGGUGAAGAACCUGAAGAAGUAUGCCAAGGUUUUGCUUGCGAGUUCUUCACUCCCACGAGAAUGUUGGCCCCUGGCUAUGACGUACGCAGCUCAGAGACAGCGCCUACGAGCUUUGGCACAGCCUCUGGCCAAGGACCCAGGCUUUGGAGCAAGGGUUGCGGUGAAGUCAAAGGUCUUUGGCACCGGGGGCUCGUAUGACCUAAACCCCCGUUGGCGCGAGGGUCAGUUUGUGGGCUACAGUAGUGACGUGAAGAAUGGCCUGGUGGUGAGGUACAAUGAUGGAACCUUUGUCACUAGUUGCCAUGUACGAGAAGGUUUGGUGGAUGCGGAGGCCAUCGCCGACGACGAGCCCGUGGAGGCUGACCUACCUGUUCCGACGAGAAGAUUGAGAACGAAAGCCAGGUUGGCUCUACUCACUAGUGCGUACAACGAGAUUGAGUCCUAUGCGAGAGACUUGGAUGUGGAUGAGUGA